UUGAUCUCUCAAAGCCUGCUCCAUUUUUUUAUAGAAAGCUUCACGGUGGUCUGCGGACUAAUUUCUCUGCUGGGAUGCGUGGGUAAAGUGCUCAUCAUGAAAGCGUUCAUCUCUCUUGGUCUAAAAGAUGUCUUUACCAUCUCGUUCGUCUUUGUCGCGGGCUCCGACCUGGUGUAUUUGCUCGUGGUGCUGGGACACAUCGCGUGCCUCGCUCUGAUCAUGAUUGAGCGGAACAACGGGUAUCGCAUCUGGUUCGCAACCGAUCCGUUCUGCGUCCACGUCUUCAUCAGCAACCUGGAAGUGCUACUCUACCUGAUCCCUAUUCUAAACACGACCUUCCUGGCUGUCGUCAGGUGCGCAUGCGUGACCAUGCCCUUGCAUUUCCGUAACAUGUUCACCAGAGUGAGAUCGCUCUGUAUUCUCGUCUCGUUCUGCUUGCUGGCGUUCGUGACCUACUUGCCGGUUGUGGCGUACAUGAAGAUCGAAAUGGCUUUCGACGAGCGGGUGAACUCGUCGCGAUUGUUGCUGUGGAUUUCACCGAAAAGAGACGAGGUCAAGGUCAUACUGUGGAUCAUCAGAGACGUAGCCAUCACAUUGGCCAGCCAGGUCAUAAUCAUCACCUGCGUCAUCAUCAUGGCCAGGAGCCUCCGCACGACGCUGAAAUUCCGCCAGGAAGCCACCGGUGCCUCGAGAACUUACCCGAACUCACCAUGUGACACCACCAAGAGGUCCUCACACCGUGAAGAUACCCACACCACGGGAGCACGCGGGCAAAAGUUGAAAUCGUCUGCGGUUAAACGUGCCCGUGUGUUCUCGCAGAGCGAGCUGUCCAUCGUGCGGCAGGUGGUGGUCAUCUCCACCGUGUACAUCGUCUGCAACACGCCCAAGAUUUUGACCGAAGUCACUGCCCUGUUCGUCCCAGACCUGACUCUGGGCAAAGCUUACGAGAACAUGUACACCGCCUUGCUGGGGCUCGUCAUCUACUGCCAGUCGUUCGGGUCCAGCAUAAACUUCCUGAUCUACUACAGAUAUAACACGAAAUUCAGACAGCGUUGCCGACUCUUCAGAAAAUAA